AUGCCUGCACCUGCAGGUGCUACUUCCGUCCACGGUCUUACGGCAUUCUUGGUGUUUUCUGGGCUAAUAAGACUUGGUGUGUGUCAACCUCAUCAGGCUGCACCAGCAGUUUACAUGAUCGGGGACUCGUUAGUCGAUGUCGGAAAUAAUAAUUACUUGCCCCUUUCAAUCGCCAAGGCUAAUUUCCCUCACAACGGCGUUGAUUAUCCUGCCGGAAAACCCACCGGAAGAUUCAGUAACGGCCAGAAUGCUGCUGACUUUCUUGCGAAAAAGAUGGGAUUACCGACAUCACCACCGUUUCUGUCGUUGACCGGCGGUGCCACACCACCGAUCACCGGAGUCAGUUUCGCGUCUGGAGGUGCCGGCAUCCUUAACGGAACUGGCGAACUACUCGUUAAACAAUCAAUUCCACUGGCCCAACAAGUAGACUAUUUCGCUUUGGUUCGUGACCAAUUGGUCCAACAGUUAGGACCAGCUGCCGCACAAACGCACCUAUCAAAAUCCCUUUUCGCAAUCGUUAUCGGAAGCAACGAUCUAUUCGCAUAUUUCACUAUCGGUUCCAUCGUAUCUAAUCAAUUCAACCCACAACAAUAUGUCGAUCUUAUGACGUCCACCUUCAGAAACUUGCUUAAGACGUUGUAUGGAAUGGGUGCACGAAAAGUGAUGGUGGCCGGAGUCGGGGAGAUCGGAUGUUGCCCGGUGCAAAGAAAGUUGAACAAAACCGGUGAAUGCAAUGUCGAACUAAAUUAUUGGUCUGCCAAGUACAACGAUGGCCUAAAGAUCAUGUUGGAAAGUUUGAAGUCCGAUUCACCGGGAAUGAACUACGCUUAUUUUGAUACAUAUGGUGCCAUGGCCAACCUCUUCCAGAAACCCGACACUUAUGGGUUCAUGGAGAUAAAAGAAGCUUGUUGUGGUCUUGGCAACCUAAACGCAGACGUGCCAUGCAUUCCGAUAUCGAGGUUUUGCUCGAACAGAAAAAAAUAUGUUUUCUGGGAUCUUUACCAUCCGACAGAAGCAGUUUCGAGCAUGUUUUCAGACCUUUUAUACAGUGGAUCACAAGAAUAUACGUUUCCCAUGAACGUGAAGCAACUUCUUGACAUUUAA